AGUUUUAACAAGUUUUUUUUUUUUUUUUACCAAAGCAAUCAAGACGAGAGGCUCUGAGGGUGAAGUUUCUCAUUUUUUGGACUCAGAUGCCAAACCUGCGGUCCAGUACUUGUACUACCGGUAUUCAUGAGUUUUGGUGCCGGGAUCGUACCCGCACAACACCGUACCUGAGUAUAUUGCAGCACUGGCAACAGGGACGUUUCUGUGGUCCCCUCAUGCGAUGGGUUGUAUGUGAUGGGAUUCCCUACGAACAUUGCUUAUACUCGAGCACGAGUAUGAUACCUGCUGUCCUUUAGCAGCAUCUGCAUCUCCUCCAUCUCUCUGCCUCCACGCAACUUUCUUUAAAAACCCCUCACCCCAUCCCAUCCGUCCCUUAGGGGUGAGCAUAGCCUAGACCGCGGCUACAUUAACCAAAACUCUCCAGUCACGAAUACUACGAUCUCCAGAUAACAAACCGAAAGUUCUCCAUCCCAUUCCCGCUCCAGCCCCGGCGAGAGUGAGGAUGUCGAAAACGAUAACCCCAAUCCACAGGAACUGGGUCUUCAGGCAAUCAUCCUCCACGGCCUCGGAUCUAGCACAAUUUCGCCCUGUCUCGCAGUUCCCAACAAACGUGCAUCUAGACCUCCUCCACCACGGAUUGAUCCCCAACCCAUUCUUUGCGAAACAGGAAGUGGACGUGCAGUGGGUGGGGGAGGGAGGCUGGAUCUAUAGGACCAGCUUUGCAACCCCCGGGGCGCAUAGGGUACGAGGAGGUGAGAAGGAUGUGCUCGUUUUCGAAGGGCUGGACACCUAUGCUACCGUUAGGGUUAAUGGGAAGGAGGUUUUGAGGUGCGAUAAUAUGUUUGUUACGCAUCGAGUGGAUGUCACCGGUAUUUUGAAAAGGGGUGGUGGUGACGAGGAGGAGGGGGAGCGGGAGAAUGAGUUGGAGGUUGAGUUCGACAGCGCGUUUUUAGCGGGAAAGAAGGUUGUUGAGGCGUGGCCGGACCACCACUGGGGAUGCUGGAAUGGGGAUGUCAGUCGGCUUGCGGUGAGGAAGGCGCAGUAUCAUUAUGUUUGUUCCCCCCAUUCGUGGCUUGAAGGCAGUUGAUUUACCGAGUUAGGGAUGGGAUUGGGGCCCGACAUUGCUUACCUGCGGACCUUGGAGGCCAGUUUACCUCGAGUCCUACAACAGCAGCAUUGCCGAACUCCACUUCACCAUCCACGUUCCCUCAAGUCUGCGUGACGUUGUUGUCACCGCGACAGCCGAGGUUGAGGGUCCGUGCAGCGAGGUUGUCUUCACGUUGACUUCCGCCUCCGGAGUGAAGAUCUCUCCAUCAACCGCUUCGGUAUCGAGGUUCAAGAGUGGGAACGGAGCAAUUGCAGAGGCCAAGUUUGAGGUUGCCGACCCAGAGCUAUGGUUCCCGCACGGAUAUGGUGCGCAGCCAUUGUACAAGCUCAGCGCCGUCCUCGGAGAUCAUAUCGACAAACUCUCGAAGACUCUCGGUAUUCGGAGAUCGCAAUUAACCCAAAGGAAGUUUGACGAGCCAGAAGAGAAAGGGGAGACGUUCCUCUUCGAGAUUAACAACGUUUCGAUAUUUUGCGGCGGAAGCAAUUGGAUCCCGGCGGAUAGCUUUAUCCCCAGGAUUACCGAUGAGCAAUAUCAAGAGUGGCUAGAGUUACUUGUGGCCGGGAACCAGGUCAUGGUUAGGUAAUGCUCCCCCCCUCCCUUCCACCAACGGUGAGAGUGAGAAAUACUUACCAGGUGACAUCCAUGACUUAGAGUGUGGGCCGGUGGCAUCUACGAAGAACCAAUAUUCUACGAAACAUGCGACAAACUCGGUAUUCUUGUCUGGCAGGAUUUUGCGUUCGCCUGCGGAAACUACCCUGCCAUGAUCCCCGCCUUCCGCGAGAACGUCCGGAAAGAAGCUAUCGAUACCGUCAAGAAGCUCAGGCACCAUCCUUCGAUCGUCAUCUGGGCAGGAAAUAACGAGGACUAUGCGUAUGUCGAGGGCCAGCCGAACCAGCUCGGAUACAAGUACGAAGACAAGAAUCCCGAUAACUGGCUCAAAACUGGAUUCCCCGCGAGAUAUAUCUACGAGAAGAUAUUGCCGGAAGUGGUUGCAGCGUACGGAGGUGGUGUUCCAUAUCAUCCUGGAAGUCCCUUCACUCCCGGAAAUGGUGAUAGCGCAGAUAAAACGGCUGGUGAUAUCCAUCAGUGGAACGGUGGGCCUCCCUAUUCCCCUCUAUCCCUAUUCCCGACUAACAAAUGCCAGUCUGGCAUGGAAACCAAGAUAGAUAUCAAGACUUCGACACCCUUGCCGGGCGCUUUGUUAGUGAAUUCGGUAUGCAGGCCUUCCCUGACAUCAAGACAAUCGACUCCUACCUUCCCAAAGACUCCAAAGACCGCUACCCACAGAGUUCGACCAUAGACCACCAUAACAAAGCCACCGGGCACGAGCGCCGCAUAGCCCUCUACUUAGUAGAAAACCUCCGCCACACAUUCUCCCCCAUAGAGAAAUACAUCUACGCCACGCAAUUGAUGCAGUCCGAAUGCCUAUCAACCGCAUACCGCCUCUGGCGCCGCCAGUGGAAGGGCCCCGGGAAGGAGUAUGUUGCUGGAGCACUCGUCUGGCAAAUCAACGACUGCUGGCCGGUGACCAGUUGGGCGAUUGUGGACUACUACCUUCGACCCAAGUAUGCUUAUUUCGCGAUUAAGCGGGAGUUGGAGAAGUACACAAUUGGCAUGAAGAGGGUGCAGGUCAAAACCCCCAAAGACAAGUACACGAAUGCGUACAUCGACGUAGACGAGAGAGUGCAGGUUUGGAUCGGAAGUUUAAAGACCGAGGGAAUUAAGGGCGCUAGCGUAGUUAUCAAGGCUUUCGAUGUCGGUGGGGAGAAGAUUGCCGAGAAGACGUUAAAAGACGACGUAGCUCUCGAGGGUAACCGGUCCGUGGAGAUCGCAGAUAUACGCAUCCCCGGCUGGGACGGAAAAACAGACUCACAUCGGGAUAUCGUCCUAGCAGCGUACCUAAUUGGCAAAGACGGAAGCACCCUUGCCCGAAGAAUCGGGUUUUCCGAACCGCUAAAGUAACCACACACUCCCUUUCCAUUCCCUAUUGCUAACAAGAAACAGAUACCUAACCCUCCAACCCCCCAAAUCCCUCAAAGCCAGUGUAGAAGAAGGGCACGUACACUUAUCCUCAGAUGUUCCCGUUAAGGGCGUUGUGGUCGAGUCCUCAAAAGAAGGCGUCGUGUUUGAAGAUAACUGCAUAGAUUUAGUGCCCGGUGAGACGGUCUGGAUUGGGGUUAAGGGGUUGGUGAAGAGUGAUGAUGUUAUGCUUCAAUACUUAUCGUAGGGGGUAGAGCUGGAGUAGUGGUUUACUGCUACGAGUGAAAUCAAGAAUCAACUGUUUCCAGUUAAGGACAGGCGCGGGUUGAUUGUAACGUUCGACAGCACCUACUACAAGUAGGAAGAAAAUUAAAUAAUAGACAAAGCUACCCCAAAGACAAUUCCCAAACUUAUUCCGCAGCAAUCGCAGGUAACGGGAAAGGAGAAAAGGGAAGAAAAAAGCGCGAAAAAGGCACAGAUUCCGAGCCCCCACGAGUAGUAAUAGUAUCAUACUCAAGUAUGAAAACAAUAGGUGCAUGGGUCCGGGAAGCCAAUGUUUGAAGCGGGUGCCAGUUCCCGGGGCAACGGAGUCAGGUACACUUGCAACCACCGCUAUUCCCCCAGU